GAUCGAAUUUAGUAGCAUUGAAAUAUUUUCUUGCGAUGUAUAAGUAAAAUCGAGAUGAUCGCCAUAACAAUCAAAGUCUCUCCGUCCGUUUCUAAAUUGCUGAUGUUCAAGCGUCACUACUUAGUGCGCGAGCGCCGUUGCCGUCAGCAUCGUCAGGCAUCGUUGUUGUCACACUACUUGACUAUUGCCACUAUCGCUGCUACUAUCGCUGCUACUACCGCUGCUACUACCGCUGCUACUGCCGCUGCUACUACCGCUGCUACUGCCGCUGCUACUGCCACUACUACUGCCGCCACCGCUGCUGCCACCGCCGCCACUACCGCGCUAUCGCUACCGCCAAAGAGCGUUUCCUUCAACGGUAGAUCGCACAGUUCGAGCGCAACAGUGGAUCAUUCCAAUAUGAAAGUACUAAUAUUACCAGCGCUUCAAGAUAAUUAUAUGUAUUUGAUUAUCGAUGAAGCGACGCAGGAGGCUGCUAUUGUAGAUCCCGUCGAUCCAGAAGCAGUAACUGCAGCUGUUCAACAAAAUGAUGUUAAAUUGACAAAGGUUUUAACUACUCAUCAUCAUUGGGAUCAUGCUGGAGGAAAUGCCAAAUUAUCCAAGAGUUUCGCUGAUAUUGCGAUAUAUGGUGGAGAUGACAGAAUAGAAGCCAUUAAUCAUAAAAUUAUGCACAGCGAUACAUUUAACAUUGGUAAUUUAUCAAUCAAGUGUCUCGCGACACCUUGCCAUACACGUGGGCACAUUUGUUACUAUGUUACGGGAGGAGGAGGAGGAGAACAUCCACCAGCUGUAUUUACAGGAGACACACUCUUUGCUGGAGGCUGUGGGAAAUUUUUCGAGGGUACCGCAGAUCAAAUGUAUAAGGCACUCGUUGAAAUUCUAGGCUCUUUACCCGAACAGACGAAGGUGUAUUGCGGACACGAAUAUACAGUCAAUAAUCUCAAGUUUGCUUUACACGUGGAACCAGAGAAUGCGACGAUACGACAAAAAUUGGAUAUGGUGCAUACUCAACGCGCUAAUAAUCUUCCAACAGUACCAAGCACUAUCAAAGAUGAAAAGCUCACAAAUCCAUUUAUGAGAGUGCACGAACCGUCCGUUAUGAAACACGCGCAACAAAAUGAUCCCAUUCAGACAAUGUCGUACUUAAGACGCGAAAAGGACAAUUUUAAAGCUUAAUUUUCGACAAAAUGCUUCCCUUUUUAUAUUUAUCGAAUAUUUACAUUGUUGAUAUAAAAUUGAAUUGUAAAAAAGAUACAAGGUGGCCGAACAAACAUGAAAAUUUUAUCUCGCACGUAUGUGCGUGCGUGCAACGCAUCGUGGCGCUCUAUAAUGAAAUAAAUAUCUAUUGUACAUA